UGUCACUGUUUCCAGCACAGCCAGAGGGACAGAAAAGUCCAGUCCAGUUCACGGGCGGCCCUGAUGGUCCUGACUUAAUCGUGUUAGAAGAAACGGUCAUUCCUGUGGCCACCUGAAGGCUGUGGCUCAGUGCAAGGGCGUGAGGUGCAGGCAGCUCCGGCGGACUUCCCAGCCCUUUUCUUUUCACAGCUGCAGACUUCAGGGAGUUGAACUGCAGUGCUUUGAGUUCACUGCUCACGCUGCCACAGUCGACGUCGGUUGUAAAUUUUCCUGCUGGAACACGUGACGAUGCAUGUCUUGACUAUAUAUCCCAAGUACAGCAGUGGAGCUGUCAGAGCGGAGCCGGGUGCAGAAAGCCCUCAGGACGCCACGACUUAGGGAGUUAGGAAUUCCACACUUGGGACACAGUGUCAGCCUUUGACUGCAGCUGUGUGAGGAUGGAGCCCCUGAACAGCACGCACCCCAGCCCUGCAGCCUCCAGCAGACCCCUCGAGUCCCAUGUGCCCGGCAACAGCAGUGGCCAUGGCAACGAAUACUUCUAUAUUCUGGUUGUCAUGUCCUUCUAUGGCAUUUUCUUGAUUGGGAUCAUGCUGGGCUACAUGAAAUCCAAGAGGCGGGAGAAGAAAUCCAGCCUCCUGCUGCUGUACAAAGAUGAGGAGAGGCUGUGGGGGGAGGCCAUGAAGCCUCUGCCCAUGAUGUCAGGCCUGAGGUCGGUGCAGGUACCCAUGAUGCUGAACAUGCUGCAAGAGAGUGUGGCACCCGCACUGUCCUGCACCCUCUGCUCCAUGGAAGGGGACAGCGUGAGCUCCGAGUCCUCCUCCCCAGAUGUGCAUCUCACCAUCCAAGAGGAGGCAGCCGACGAUGAGCUGGAGGAGACCUCAGAGACACCCCUCAACGACAGCAGCGAAGGGUCCUCGGAGAACAUCCAUCAUGAUUCCUAGCACCCCUAGGUGUCCGGAGGUGGCUCCAUCAGCCAGCACCUGAGACAUAGGAGAGACGUUUCCCAAGUGCCCGGUGUCACUUCUGCAAUGCAGCUGUCACUUUGAAAAGACCGUGGGGCAAGUCCUCCGGGGGAGGCAGGCAGAGAUAAGGCUCUGCAGGGAGUCCUCCGCCCUUGAGCUGCCUUUGGCUUGGACCCACCACUGAAAUGCCCUGAAGACAUACUGUGUGCACAAUUACCUUGGGGCCUGCGUGUUGGGGUCCCUGAUUAGCAUGUGGCCGGAUAAUGUGCUUGUCAUUUUCUCACUGGAUGUCCUGGGUAACUUCAGCAGCAUUUGCUUGUUACCAGGGCUGACAACUGCCCAGGGCAGGCUGAGGGAUUAAUUUUGAUUUGCUAAUUUGUGUACAGCUUUGUUCUUCUAGAUCUGAUUCCAAGUAAGCAUCUCCACAGUGUGGACCUGCAGCGCUUGGUUCAGGGUGUCACACGUUUCUUUGGAUUUGAAAAGUGAAAGUUUGAUGGGGAUUGUUUUUUGAGAAAGCCAGAGAUCUGAACCAGCAUGUUUGCACAACGUAAGGAGAGAAGGCAUCUGUUCACAUUAGCUGGGGUUAUACAAGAUGCUGUUCUAUUGUGAUCUUUUGUCUUGCCUAUGAGCUUGAACUGUGACCUGAGACUGUCCAGCAAGGGAGGUGUGCAUGAUCAUCUUUCAGUCAGAGAGCGUGCCCAGAAUCCAGCCUGUGGUCAGGAUGGCUGUGCAGGGGUUCCCUCCCAACUUUUCUAGAAGGAGGAAUGGUGAGGCUUCACCUCUUGCUGUUGAUUAUUUUCCCGGCCUGGUUUCCUGAGUGGGGAAAGGAUCCACGAGGGCCUCGCAACGUAGGAUUUUUGUCACGUAGCUGAGCCCUAGAAGGGCAUGCUCAGGCCGAGAGCGCUCGAAGCUGGGAACUAAGUUCUUUGCUUUCUGAUCCACAGGCCUGAUGCUAAUUUGCUGUGUGGUCCUGGGCAUGUCAUCAAGAAGCUCAUUGCCUUCAUGGGGCUCCAGAGGCUGUGUAGCCCCAGGGGGCUGGGAGGACAACUUUAGACUUAGUACUGUGUGAUGAAUCCUCCAUAGCCUGGUGUGAGGAAGUUUGGACCAAAUAGUUCCCCUUUGGCCAGUUUGUCUGAAAAGGAUCUGCUGAGUUGAAGAAGCACUUGGAGAUGGAAUAUAUGUAACUGGGGAAUUCGGACUGGGGAACUUGGGGCUAAUCACCAACCAUCCUUGAAGUAGUUUUCCCAGGAAUGAGCCAAAGAGGCAGAUAGCAUGGCUUCCUCUGCAAAGUCCUGUGGAGGGCGGGGUGUGAACGCUCCCAGCUGAGGGAAGAGACAUGCAAAAGACAUGCUCAGGGCUGCUUGUGACGCCCUUGUACUCUUGCGGCCUAUAGCUCUGUAGCAGGUUCUUUUGCCCCUUGAAGACAAGAAGGAAGCAGAAAACCAAAGAGGUCAAGUUUAACUCCAGUUAAAAAACAAAAAACAAACACCCCCCACCCCACAACUUAAUUCCUAUAAAGCACAACUCUGCCUGGGUUGGAGACUGAGCAAUAAGGACCGCUGCCACGGAGAGGUUAACGGUGGGAGCUGGCGUGUCAGCUCACUGACACGGAGGUAGAGGAAAUUUAUUUUUAUGGGGAAAGGGGCCCUCUGUUCACUUUAAAUUUUAGAGUGUGGAUUGACUCCAAAGGGGGCUGUUUAAGUCAAAAGAAGCCAAGUUAAGUUUGGCCUCUUGCCUGGAAUCACUUGAAUUCUGAGACUUUACUGCGACGGACGUGUGCGUUGUCACAUUUUCCAUUGCUUAAUCCUGAAGUUUGGGGCGAGUCUCUCUGUGCCCAUUCAAAAGCGAUGUAUAUACUUUCUUAUUCUAUUGAGUUGUAUAGAAUUGUCUUUUGUAUUUAACGGUUUGUCAGUUUCACAUUUUUUUUUAAUUUAAAUAAACAAACAC